UGUUUCAUGUGUGGUGUUGUACAGCCAUGACUGAUAGAAGAUGUGAUGUCUUUACAGAACUUUACAAAUUCAGAGAAGGUUUUAGUGGGUCCAUAUGGUGAGACAUACCCAGCAAGUCAUGAUGCAAACCAGGCCAUGAAUAUAAAAGCUGAGGAAGUCUCAAACUCACAAGAGACAGCGGAUCCUGUGCAAAUAACAAUUCAGGAGAUAAAGGCUGAACCUGAGGACUGUACAAAUUCGGAGAAUGCUUUAGUGGGUCCAUAUGGUGAAACAUGCCCAACACCUCAUGAUGCAGAUCAGGCCAUGAAUGUAAAAGCUGAGGCAGCCUUAGAUGCAGAAGAGGAAGAGGAUCCUGUCCCAGUAACAUUUCCAGAAAUAAAGGCUGAACCUGAGGGUAAUUUGAAUGAACUUCAACCUGUACAUGGUGAGGAGCGACAGUAUUCCUGCAAUGAGUGUGGUGAAUCAUUCAGUCAGAAGUGCAAUCGAUCUGCUUUAGUUCAUCCAAAUAAUGCCUCUCAGAAGAACAAGCUUGGGUCGUCAUACUCGCGGAGCGGAAGCAAUGGGUCGAGUAAUUUAAACUGGGGAAGAACAGGCAGACUGAGCCACCGCAAGGCGUGGCCGGGCACAGCUAGUAUUAAUUUAUAUAAUUGUAGUUGUAAGUGUAUUUGUUAUGGUUGUAAGUGUAUUUUCAUUGUAUUCACUGUGUGCUAGUAUGUCUUUUGUUGUUGGUGUAGUUUUGAGU